UCUCCGUUUGAUUGACGUGUGUCCUUGAGCUCCCGGGUGGAAUUAAUCGCGCGUGUUGCUUGGAAAACUCUUCGCUAUGGGGAAUGCGCGAUUAAAACACCGAAUAUAAUCCGCGAAUGAAUAAAGUUGAGUUAAAUCUUUACCUCAGAGUGGAUGUUGUAAUCGAAACACACGACAGGUUGAUCAGCGGCCUCUGUGUGUGUGUGUGUGUGUGUGUGAGCUCGGUGUUCUGGACCGGAUCUGUAGAUGUGGAUGUGAAUUGUGAAUAUGGAUCAUCGGAACGGGAGUCAGUCCACUCCACAGCCGCAGCUCCGCAUUAAUGUGCCCAGCACCGCGCAAGAGAGAGUGCCCAGUGUUGAUCCGUAUGGAUUCGAGCGCUCGGAUGACUUUGAUUAUGAAUCCUAUGAAGAGCUCAUGUCUGAGUACUUGGCAGUGCUCACUAGAAGGUCUAUCAAGUGGUCAAAACUGCUGCAGGGGAGAAGGCGUGUGGACAGAAAUGUGAAGAUAAAGCGUUACGUACGGAAGGGCGUUCCUAACGAGCAUCGUUCACUGGUGUGGAUGGCGGCUAGCGGCGCUCAAGAGCAGCUGGACAGAAACCCUGGAUAUUACCAAUCACUGCUGAACAGUCAACAUGACCCCAGACUAGUGGAGACCAUCCGGACAGAUCUACACAGAACGUUCCCGGACAACGUUCAGUUCCGUAAAUCAGCUGACCCGUGUCUGCAGAAAGCCCUGUAUAAUGUUCUCUUAGCAUAUGGACACCAUAACAAAGCUGUGGGAUACUGUCAGGGUAUGAACUUUAUUGCAGGAUAUCUCAUCAUAAUAACUAAAGAUGAGGAGAAAUCAUUCUGGUUAAUGGAAGCGCUUCUCGGCAGAAUCCUUCCAGAUUACUACACUCCAGCGAUGUUGGGUCUGAAGGCGGAUCAGGAGGUUUUGGGCGAGCUGGUAAGGAUGAAGGUCCCUGCGGUCUGGCAGCUCAUGCAGGAUCACGGCAUCAUGUGGACUCUGGUGGUCUCACGCUGGUUUAUCUGCCUCUUCAUCGACAUUCUACCUGUGGAGACGGUUUUGAGGAUCUGGGACUGUCUGUUCUAUGAGGGUUCUAAGAUUCUGUUCCGUGUGGCUGUGACUCUGAUCCGACACCAUCAGAUGCUCAUUCUACAGGCCCAAAACCUGCCCGACAUCUGUGAGUGCUUCAAACAGAUCACCAGAGGAGCUUACGUGGAUGACUGCCACACAUUCAUGCAGAAAAUCUUCUUGGAGCCCGGAAGCCUCUCCAUGGCAACGAUUUCCAAGCUCCGGGAAACCUGCCGAGCUCGGAUAGUGUCUGAGGAAUCCUGAUCUGCCUCUUUAAGACUUCAGACAUUCCAAACUCUUUGUUUGCACUCGUUUUCCUACUGACUUUAACAAUCUAUUUUUGACAAGCAGAUUUCUGUAGACUUGAAGAUAACUUCAUAGUGUUUACUGGAAACAAAAUCAUGUUGAUGUAUAUUUUCUUACUUUUCUAGAUCUGCAGAUAAUCAGAUGCUGUAUGAAGGUAAUGACUGUUAGAUCACAUACUGACUGAGGAAGUCUUAAUGUUUGAGACUCAAACUUUCAUUUCGUUUUAGAUGACCAACAAUACUGUGAAAUAAAACCUUGAUUUAACACUCACACUGUGACUCAAACACUUAUAAUUGCCAGUCCAUUGCUCAGGUGUUAUUAGUGUGUCCUCUAAUGUAAGUCUAUGGGAUUUUGAUCAUGAGUGUGAUCUCUUGUAGCAGUUCACUUAUAUAAGAAGAGUUUAAUGAAACACAAAGAUGAGAGAGUAAGUCAUUAUUUAUUAACCCGUCACUCAGAUCAAAAAUACUGAAGCAUUCUUUACAAAUAUAAAAGCUCACACACUGCAACCGAUAUCAGCAAGAUACAGAAAAACAAUAUUUACUGUGUUCGACUUUUCUAGAAGGUUUUUCAUGUCUCAUUUGCUAAAUUAAUGCCAGUCAAAAGAAAAAGAAUGAAAUAAGCAUUAGGGCUGGGUAAGAAUCUUUCUUAAAGAGACAGUACAGUUUUAGCACAAGUUCUAAAACACAUUGUAAAUAAUGCAUGUAAACAAUAAACAUGUAACAUUAAUUAUAUAUACACUAUCGGUCAAAAGUUUUGAAACACUUGACUGAAAUGUUUCUCAUGAUCUUAGAAAUCUUUUGAUCUGAAGGCGUAUGAUUAAAUGUUUGAAAUUAGUUUUGUAGACAAAAAUAUAAUUGUGCCAACAUAUUAAUUUAUUUCAUUAUAAAACUAAAAUGUAAUAAAUAAAAAAAAAACUUCAAUACUGUUUAAAAAGCAUCCCAGGGUGAUACCUCAAGAAGUUGGUUGAGAAAAUGUCAGCAAAUUCUAGACAAAGAGUGACUACUUUGAAGAUGCUCAAAUAUAACACAGUUUUGAUUUAUUUUGGAUUUUGUUUAGUCACAACAUAAUUCCCAUAGUUCCAUUUAUGUUAUUCCAUAGUUUUGAUGACUUUACUAUUAUUCUAAAAUAUGAACAAAAUAAAUAAAUUGAUAAAGAAUGAGUAAGUGUUUCAAAACUUUUGACCGGUAGUGUAUAUGCGCAAUAUAAUAUGCAAUUUCAAGACAAAUUUAUUCAUGGUUAACAUGAAAUUUUUACAUUUCUAAAAAGUUCAAAUGUGACCAAAAUGAUAAACUAAUGAUAAAAUACCUUUUGUAAAUAUAUAUAUAUAUUUUUUUUUUUUUUUCUCCCCAAUGUUGAAUGCCCAAUUCCCAAUGCGCUCUAAGUCCUCGUGGUGGCGUAGUGACUCGCCUCAAUCCGGGUGGUGGGGGACGAAUCUCAGUUGCCUCCGCGUCUGAGACCAUCAAUCUGCGCAUCUUAUCACGUGGCUUGUUGAGCAUGUUACCGUGGAGAUGUAGCACGUGUGGAGGCUUCACGCUAUUCUCCGCAGCAUCCACGCUCAACUCACCACGCGCCCCAUCGAGAGCGAGAACCACAUUAUAGUGACCAUGAGGAGGUUACCCCAUGUGACUCAACCCUCCCUAGCAACCGGGCCAAUUUGGUUGCUUAGGAGACCUGACUGGAGUCACUCAGCACAAAAUGAACAUAUUCAUAAUUGACCAAGUAAGAAGGACUACUGUAUAAUUAACAGCAUAAGAUCAUUUUUUAAUAAGUGAGCAAAAUGGACAUUAUAACUGAAAUAUACCCAAAUGAAUUGGAAUCAGAAUUAAAACAAGAGCUUGUGAAUCAGAAUCAUAUUGAAUUUGGAAAUCUGUAUCAAUACCCAGCCCUAAAGAGCAUCUCUCCUAUAGUCUGUGUGUGUGUAUAUAUACACAGUACUGUGCAAAAGUUUAAGCGCUUGUGAAAAAUGUUGCAUAGUGAGGAUGUCUUCAAAAAUAAUGUCAUAAAUAGUUUUUAUCACUUAAUGUCACACAAAGUCCAGUAAACAUAAAAAAGCUAAAUCAAUAUUCAGUGUGACCACUUUUGACUUUAAAACAGCAUCAAUUCUCCGAGAUACACCUGGACACAGUUCUUCUAUUUCGGCUGUCUCAAUUGCUUCUGUCUCUUCAUGUAAUCUCAGACUGACUCGAUGUUCAGUGGGGGCUCUGUAGGGGCCAUGACACCUGUUGCAGGGCUCCCUGUUCUUCUAUUCUAUUUGCAAAAGUAAUGUUUGUGAGUUUAACAUUUGUAUUUCCUAUUGACACACUAAAGCUGAAGAUAUAAAUAACCAUCUUAAGACAAAUGCUUUUGUGAAACAUCUUAUGUGCCUAAGACUUUUGCACAGUACUGUACAUGUAUAUAUACAUGUUUAUAUAAACAGAUCAACCACAACAUUAAAAGCACCUGUCUAAUAUUGUGUAGUUCCCCCUCAUGCCGCCAAAUCAGCGCCAACCCACAUCUCAGAACAGCAUUCAGAGAUGAUAUUCUUCUCACCACAAUUGUACAGAGUGGUUAUCUGAGUUACUGUAGACUUCAUCAGUUCAAACCAGUCUGGUCAGCCAAUCGUGUGGCUGCAGUGCAUAAAAUCAUUUUAAUAUUCACAUCAACCAUCAGAAUGGGGAAAAUAUUUAAUCUCAGUGAUUUGGACCAAAUGGUAUUCUGAAAUGCAGGUUGCUCCUGACCCGUAUCUGCAUGAUUUCAAGCACUGCACUGCUGCCACACGAUUGGCUGAUUAGAUAAUCACAUGGAUGAUUGUUGGUGCCAGAUGGGCUGGUUUGAGUAUUUCUGGGAUUUUCACACACAACAGUCUCUAGAAUUUACUCCGAAUGGUGCCAAAAACAAAACUCAUCCAGUGAGCGGCAGUUCUGUGGAUGGAAACACUUGUUGAUGAGAGAGGUCAACAGAGAAUGACCAGACUGGUUUGAACUAAUAAAGUC